AUGGCCAAUGUAACCAAAGACCCCCUUUACAAUGCAGUUAGAAAAGAUGAUGGGAAAAGACAGACUGUUAGGGCUCAGGAACUUGUGUGUCGAGCCAGGGUUGAAAUGCCAAAGGGUGGAGCUGGGAUCCCGGAACUUGAAAAAUUUCAGGGGUUUUUGAGAGACUACAAAAUUGUCGUGUACAACUAUGACAGGAAAGGACGUGAUGUCUACUUUGAGGGAAAUGUAGAAAACCCCAAGUUCAAAAUUAACUUGAUUUUUCACAAUGGACACUACAAUGUGAUUAAUUGUUUGACUGCUGCUUUUGUUUGUAAUUAUUUCUGUGAAGCCUGUCAUGUACCCUACGACCAUAAAAGAGAGCAUCGUUGCUCAAACAUUUGCCCACAGUGUCAAACUAUCUCACCUCCUUGUGUAGUGGAGAGUGGUGGUGUUCUGUGCCCUAAAUGUAACAUGACUUAUAAAAAUCAGAGAUGUUUUAUCGCGCAUCAAGCUGAUAGAUGUAAAAAUGUAAAAAAGUGUCUAGACUGUGGGAAAUUGGUUUGGAUUAGAGAUCGGUCUAAGCCUCAUAAAUGUGGUGAAGUAUAUUGCAAACCUUGCUGUUCAUUUGAAGACCCUAACCACAAAUGCUAUAUGAAACCAGACACAAGAAAGCCUAAAUCCAAAAACUUUUUGUUUAUUUUAUUUGACUUGGAAACCCGUCAAGAUGAGUCCCUGCCCUCAGAUCCCGAGUCUAAAUUGCAUCAAGUGAACUUGUGUGUGUCACAACAGUUUUGCUAUCAGUGUAUUGAGGCUAAAUUUUGUAUGGCUUGUAAAAAUCGUACGCGAGUGUUUAGUUCUGAACCAAUCACUCAGUUCAUGGACUAUGUGAUGCAAGUCCGUAAAAAUUUUAAAGAUGUCUGUGUCAUCGCACACAAUGGGCAGGGCUUUGAUUUCCAGUUUUUGCUCAAGUAUGUGCUGGAGGAUACGAAGUUCACUCCGAAACUUGUAAUGCGGGGAACUAAGGUAAUUUUGAUGGAGAUUGACAAUGUGAGGUUUGUUGAUUCACUUAGUUAUUUCCCUAUGCCUCUUGCUGCACUACCUAAAGCCUUUGACCUUCCCCCGGAAAAGAAGAAAGGCUAUUUUCCCCACCUCUUCAACACCCUUAAGAAUCAAAAUUAUGUGGGUCCUAUGCCGGCAAAGGAGUUUUACUGCCCAGAAUCUAUGUUUGAAAAAUCACACAAAGAUUUUGAAAGAUGGUAUAAUGAUCAGGUUGGAAACCACGUUACAUUUGACUUUAAGAAAGAAAUCCUAGAGUAUUGUAUGUCGGACGUUGAUAUUUUGGCUCAAGCUUGUUUAAAGUUCCGUUCAAUUUUCCUGCAAGAGUGUAAUGUGGACCCGUUUCUCGAGGCUGUAACCAUUGCCAGUGCUUGUAACUUGGCCUUCCGUCGGAAAUUUUUGAAGAAAAAUACCAUCGGCAUCGUUCCUAAAAAUGGCUAUAGGCUUACAGACGCCCAAUCGGCAAUCGCGUUACAGUGGCUAACGUGGGAAGAGGAGAAACGUGGAGUUAGAAUAGAACACGCCGGCCGUGGAAAAGAAGUUAAGAUUAGUGGAAUGAAAGUUGAUGGUUUUGACGGUCAAAAUAUUUAUGAAUUUCAAGGCUGCUACUGGCAUGGCUGCCCUAAAUGCUUUCCCUAUGAUCGUGAACUUGCUUUGAAAGAGGAUCCCUCUGACUCACUCCAUUUGCGGUAUGAACGGACCAAAUCGAAAAUAGCAAAGUUGGGUGAUAACGUUGUACAAAUGUGGGAAUGUGAGUUUAAAAAGUUAAAAAAGACAGAAAACCUGAAACACCUAGAAAAGUUGCCGAUCCUCAACAAUUUACCUCUGAAUCCGAGGCAAGCAUUUUUUGGGGGCCGAACCGGGAAUGCCAAAACCUAUCACAAAUGCGCCGAAGGGGAAACCAUUGAGUAUGUGGAUGUAUGCUCUCUCUAUCCCUGGGUAUGUAAAUAUGGCAAGUACCCUGUAGGCCAUCCAACGAUCUAUGUAGGAGACAAAGAGUGUAGACAGAGAGGUCUCAAUGUUGAGGGUCUAUUAAAGUGUAAAGUACUUCCACCUCGUGAGCUCUAUCACCCCGUUCUCCCAGCCAAAAUGAAUGACAAGUUAAUGUUUGUUUUGUGUGCGACUUGUGGAGAUGGUCAGAUUCAAACUGAUUGCGACCACGAAAGUGGUGACAGAGCACUUAUUGGGACCUGGACCAUGGACGAAGUUCGUAAAGCUGUAGAAAAGGGUUAUGUUGUGCUUGACAUGUAUGAACUUUGGGAGUAUAAGGUAGCCACAUAUGAAAACGGGGGAUUGUUCACUGACUUUAUAAAUAAAUUUUUAAAAAUGAAACAGGAAGCAACUGGGUUCCCUAGUUGGUGUGAAACCGAGGAAGAUAAGGAUCAGUACGUUGACGAUUAUUUUAAAAAUGAGGGUGUCCAACUGGAAAAAGACCAAAUUAUCAAGAAUGGUGGAUUGAGGUCGUUAGCUAAACUGAUGUUGAACUCUUUUUGGGGAAAAUUUGGACAGCGUGAAAAUCAGACCAAAGCUACAAUCGUCAGGGACCCUAAAACACUUUUCAAAAUGUUAACUAGCCCUGAAAUAGAUGUAAAUAGAGUACAGAUUGUCAAUGAUAAGGUUCUUGUUGUCAGCUGGGAGUAUAUUGAGGAGGUUGGGGAGCCAUUGCAAAAUGUAAAUGUUGUGUUGGCAGCUUACACCACAGCCCAAGCGAGAUUGAAGCUCUAUGAGCAUCUAGAUGCCCUGGGUGGUCAGGUAUUGUAUUAUGAUACUGAUUCUGUACUAUAUGUAUAUAAGGGUGGUUUGUACAGAGUCCCCACGGGAGAUUAUCUAGGGGAAAUGACCGAUGAGUUGGCCGAGUACGGCCCUGGAUCAUAUAUAGUAGAGUUUGUUUCUGGAGGUCCGAAAACCUAUGCAUACCUUGUGUGGUCAACAAACAAACAAAAAUUGAUUCCCGUAUGUAAAGUAAAAGGGCUUACAUUAAACAUGAAAACUUCUAAAAAGAUUGGAUUUGACAGUUUGAAAGAGAUGGUCCUUGGUGAUGCUGCACAAACAAUGGACAUUGAGGAAAAUAGAAUCAGACGAACAAAGAAUAGGAACAUAGUUACAAUCAGUGAAGUCAAACAGUUUAAAAUUACGGGACCAAAGAGGAAACAUAGUAGCAAUUAUGAUACACUUCCAUAUGGGUUUAAAAUUCAAAAAACUCACCAAAAUCUCAACUCCUAA